ACCUGCCGCCCCUCACCCGGACCGACGAGUCGGCACGGCUGUCCCGAGCACCAUGUCGGGUUCCUCUAGCGUCGCCGCCAUGAAGAAGGUGGUUCAGCAGCUCCGGCUGGAAGCCGGGCUCAACCGCGUGAAGGUUUCCCAGGCAGCUGCAGACUUGAAACAGUUCUGUCUGCAGAAUGCUCAGCAUGACCCUCUGCUGACCGGAGUGUCUUCCAGUACAAAUCCCUUCAGACCCCAGAAAGUCUGUUCCUUUUUGUAGUCAGCUAUCUUGAGGUUUCUUAAACCACUUUUCAUGAACCAGUGGAUAUUCUGAAGUCUGUACAGAAGCUUCUCUAACACGUGCCAUAAUACACAGUCUUUACUUGUCAAUCCUUAACAUCUACCUCUCUGAAUCUUCAUGGAUUUCUGUUUCACAAGGUUUAACUAUUUUAUAUACACUGGCUGUAGCAUACAAUAAAACAGCAUAAAAUUCU